GGCGAGUGUCGGCGAUGGGGGCAAUCAUACGUACUUUCAGAGCUUUUAGGUGGUAAUGGAGUUCGUACUUUAUCUACUUUCUAAUUUGAGUUAGAGAAUCAAUUUCAAUGUGGCAUUUCUGUUCACUCUAAACACAUAUGGAAGCUGAAAAAGGUUCGAAGCUACUAAAAAAAUGAUUCAGUUCAAGUAGGAGAUUAGUUCAAUUGCUGAUUCCGAGCAAUUCGCCUUUGCGGUUCGGAGAUCGCCAUUUGUCGGUUGCUUUUGUAAAUCCGGCUUUUUCAACGCGUAGAUGAGCAGGAGUCUGUGUUGGAAAUCCAAAGAUUGAAGCAUUUGGAGCCUUGUGCACGCUCUACGGAAAGAAAAUGGGUUGAAAGCUGUCAGGAGAAAUUUGAUUCGUUGGAGCCACGAUUUCGUUUUUUUUGCUUCGUCCUUUUAUCAUUGUUUUUUUGCCCGGGGGUCGUGGACUCGAUUCUUUAUCGGAAUGGAUCAGUACGAGAUCAUGGAGCAGAUCGGUCGCGGCGCUUUUGGGGCCGCCAUUCUUGUCCAUCACAAGGCCGAGAGGAAGAAGUACGUCUUGAAGAAGAUCCGGCUUGCGAGGCAGACCGAGCGGUGUAGAAGAUCUGCUCAUCAAGAGAUGGCUCUAAUUGCGCGAAUUCAACAUCCUUACAUCGUCGAAUUUAAGGAGGCUUGGGUCGAGAAGGGUUGCUAUGUUUGCAUUAUCACCGGAUAUUGUGAAGGUGGAGACAUGGCAGAAUUGAUGAAAAAGUCCAAUGGGGUUUAUUUUCCAGAAGAGAAACUCUGCAAGUGGUUCACGCAGCUACUACUUGCAGUUGAAUAUCUACAUUCAAAUUUCGUUCUACAUCGUGAUCUAAAAUGUUCCAACAUUUUUCUAACAAAAGAUCAGGAUGUUCGUCUUGGUGAUUUUGGACUCGCUAAAACUCUAAAUGCAGAUGACUUGGCCUCUUCGGUGGUUGGAACUCCCAAUUACAUGUGUCCUGAACUGCUUGCAGAUAUUCCGUAUGGAUUUAAAUCUGAUAUUUGGUCUUUAGGGUGCUGCAUGUAUGAGAUGGGUGCUCAUCGUCCCGCUUUCAAAGCAUUUGAUAUGGCUGGAUUAAUUAGCAAGAUAAAUCGAUCUUCUAUCGGCCCUUUGCCUUCCUGUUAUUCACCAUCCCUGAAAACACUCAUCAAAAGCAUGCUAAGAAAAAACCCCGAGCACCGGCCAAGUGCAUCUGAGAUUCUGAAGCACCCAUAUUUGCAGCCUUAUGUCGAUCAAUACCGUCCAUCAUUCACUCCAACGGAAUGUUCCCCAGAGAAGUCUAUUUCUGUCGCUCAUAAUUCUCGGAGAAAUAUGGCUGAAAGCCAAAACAGUACUAGUUCUAGCAGUGACAUAGAUAGUUUGCUUUCAAGUGAAAAAAACACACUGGCUAUGGUCUCAAGUAGCAAAGGUGACACUGAUUUGGCUUCUAGUGAUGGCGAAGCUGGCUCUGAGAAGCUCCUGCUUGGUGCAGAAGAAAAUCUGCUCAAGUUGUGCGCAGUCAAAAUGAAUGAGAGAGAAGUGAUGAAACCUGUUCAUCAUGAACAUGUAUCCAGUAAUGAAUUGAGGAAACCAAAAAGCAUUAAAAAUAUAAUGAUGACUUUAAAAGAAGGGAAAGUCAGAGAAAAUCGUUCUCCAAUGAGGGUCAAUCGAACAAAGGCUGGAGGUGCACUGACCCAAAGAACAAACACAGAAGCAUUGCCUAAACUGCCCAAACCUAGUACUAUUGCUUCUGGUUUCAAGCCUAAUGCAGACACACCUACUGUUGCACAAGCAAAAGCAUCCUUUGAUUCUGCCAAGCGGAUUCAGGGAUCACAUCCUUUAAAGCACCAGUUGCCUGUAAUUGAAUGCUCACCUAAAACUAAACCCAGACAUGAUGUGACUCCUCCAUCUGGUCCUAUAAAACUGGCUGUCGAAGAUGGACCUCCUGCUAAGCCAAGGCAAAGAACCCCUCCGAAUGUGGUUAGACGAUCAUCCUUUCCAGGACGGAUGAAGCAAGUGAGGCUUGAUGAUCCAAAUGCAGUAAGCAGUAACAUCAAGUUUGGUGCAAGUGAGAUGCCGCAGGAAGCUGAAAAGACUCCUCUUCAAGAACCUAACAGUUGCCUAACACGUGUUUCUAGGCAGGUCAUACAGCCUCAGAAUGCUCAAGACAGAGCUUCAAAAGGAAUGCAAACAGAUAGUAGCAAUUCUGUCUUAUCUUCAGUGUCGGUUCAAGGAUUUGAGCUUUGUGAUGAUGCUGCAACUUCUUUUAUAGACAUGAGAGGACAGAUACUUCCUGAUGUUACUGACCGGACAAAAUCAUAUACACCCAACAGCUCACCGGCUAUCCAGUCUCAUUUCGAGAUAUCUGAUAAUAUGGCUGGGGAAAACCAUGAACGUGAUAGUAAUCCUGUAAUGUGCUCAGUCCAAACCUACAGGGAGAUACUUGAUCUUCAAAAUACCACCACUGUUGAUGAGAAAGUGAGUUCAAGUGUGUUUCAAGAACUCCCAGCCAUGAGCUCUGAAGAAAUCUUUGUUUAUAGCGAUGAUACCUCUUUAAGCAGGCCAAGUAGUAGGCCUGACACAAUGAUCCAAUCAAACUUUAAAUCUGCAUCCAGUGGUGAUGACAAGUUCACUGUAAGGGAACUUCUAUCAUCGGGUGCAUAUACUACCACUUCCAUUGUAUCUCCCGUUUCAUCCAGCCAAAAGAGUUUGCAGCCUGAUACUACCACUCCCAAUUCAUCUCUCAUUUUGCCAAAUCCAACAGUUGAAAAACCAGGUGCCACCCAUCUCCCCCCAACAUUUGAUGACAUCAUACAUGUUAUUCGGCAUAGUAGUUUCCGUGUUGCAACUGAACAGCCGGUAUUGGAAACCAUAGAAAUGGGGGUGCAGAAUUUGGACGUUGGUAAGCUGAUAAAUGUAGUGAGGGACGAAAUAGAGAUGAGAAACAUUACUGCUUCUGCAAAUCUUAAAUUAUCAAGUGGCUCUGAAACCUUGAGUUUAAAAUCAAGUGUUUCUGAUCAAUCAGGUCUCAAGGAAAAGGAUGCAAAAGAGCUUGGCCCUUCUGUUCCAAAAUGUGAUACCUCAGAGCCAACAAAGCCCAACCCUCAUGUGACUGAAGAGGAACCACCAACAAAGGAAACCUUGGAUGUUAAGUCUUUUAGGCAGAGGGCAGAGGCACUUGAAGGGCUACUAGAGUUGUCUGCAGAGUUGCUCCAGCAAAGUAGAUUGGAGGAGCUUGCAGUUGUUUUAAAGCCUUUUGGGAAAGAAAAGGUCUCCCCUAGGGAGACAGCUAUUUGGUUAGCAAGGAGUCUUAGAGGAAUGAUAAUAGAAGACAUUGGACGGAUUUCAUGAAAGCAUCAUAUCUUAGGUAAGGUUGCUCUGAUUUGAUGCCAUUCGUAAAUGCUAUAUGGAAAAGUUUUUUGUCCAUUUGCAUAUUCAAGCUCAGUUUGAAUUUUAAAGAGAACAAACAGGCCUUGUUUUUUUUUUUUUUUUCCCCCUACAUUCUCGUUCUGCAAUUCUUUCAAGGCCUGCCAUGGUUGUACAUAGUGACCAUACAACUUAAUCACAUUCUCUUUCUUCUAAACAUAUAGAUAUGCUGUAGCUUGUUGUCAAUGUAAGUCUUAUUCUAUUAUUCAUCAAGGUAUUCUUGUCUUUUUUCAUAGUUGA